AUGGCCUCCGCCGAACUCUCCUCCAAGAAGCGCAAGCGCGCCGAGGCCGCCGCGGCGGACGACACCGCAGUGACAUCCAAGAAGUCCAAGUCAGACAAGAAGGAGAAGAAGGAGAAGAAGUCCAAGUCCAAAGACUCCGAGCCCGAGGCCGCUGCCCCCGCGGACGAAUUCAUCGCCCUCGAGGAAUCCAAGAAGGAGAAGAAGGAGCGCAAGCGCAAGGACAAGGAGGCCCGCAAGGCCGCCGCCGCCGAGACAGAAGAGGCCGCAGCAGACACAUCGGCCAUGGACAUUGAUCCUCCCCCGGCCGAGUCGAAGAAGGACAAGAAGAAGAGCAAGAAGUCCAAGACCGAAGAGCCUGAGCCCGCGGCUGAGGUGACGAAAGAGGACAAGAAGGAGAAGAAGAAGGAAAAGAAAGAAAAGAAGGAGAAGAAGGACAAGAAGGACGAAAAAGAGGCCGAGAAGAGCACCGCGACCGAGGACAAGGCCUCCAAGAAGUCCAAAAAGUCCAAGAAGGCCGAGGAGCCCGCCCCCGAACCCGCUGCCCAGGAGCCCGCCGAAGAGCCUGCCCCUGCCGAGGGCGGCAAGAGGGAGAAGUACAUUGUCUUCGUCGGAAACCUCCCUUACACGGCCAACCAGAACUCCAUCAAGGAGCACUUCGCCGCCUACAAGCCCACGGCCGUCCGCUGCUUGCACAAGGACGGAAACCCCAACGUCUGCCGCGGCAUCGCCUUCCUUGAGUUCUCCAACGGCUCCAACAUGCGCACUUGCCUCGACAAGAUGCACCACACCGAGUUCGACGACGGCCUAUCGCCUGCGCGUAGAAUCAACCUGGAGCUCAGCGCUGGCGGUGGCGGCAAGAGCAAGUUCAGGCGCGAAAAGAUCAAGGAGCGCAACGUCCACCUCGACGAGAACCGCGCCAAGAGGCUGCAGAAGGAGGACGAGUACAAGAAGCAGAGAGCGUCCGAGGGCGGUAGCAACACCCAGCAAGACAGCAUCCACCCCAGCCGCCUGGCUAUGAUGUACCAGUAG